UGGAAUUCAAUUCGAUUUAGUUCGAUCGUGUACGUUAGAUGUCGCAUCGAUAAUUUUAAGAUGUGUUCGUUGAAGAAGUGUUGUUGUCAAAUUACCAAUAAAUGCCAUAAAUAUUAUUUAACAGUUAAUAAAAACAUAUUUCUAGGUUGAAGUAUUACUUGAAACGUGUUCCUAUACUGUUUAGAACAAGUUACUAAUUAUGGGGAAGCGAUAUUAUUGUGCUUAUUGUGACAGAUCAUUUAAGGAUGACCCAGAAGCCAGAAAAAGGCAUCUUUCGAGUUUGCAACAUGCAAAAAAUCAUGUAGAUCAUUACAAUAUGUAUAAAGAUCCGGAUAUAAUAUUAAAAGAGGAGCGCGCAAAAACACCAUGUAAACGUUAUUUAACCAUUGGUGAUUGUGCGUUUGGACUUGGAUGCAAAUUUUCCCAUUACACGCCACAAAUGUUAUGGGAACUACAAUAUUAUGUUGACAUGAAAAAUGCCUCAAAAUUGCGUGUGGUGCCCGAAAAUGGAUGGCCUAAUCCAGACGAUAUUAUUAAGGAAUACUUUGAAAAUACUGAAAGUUCAAAUAAUAUGGAAGAACCAAACUAUCCUACAUGGUUUAAACCAUUAGAAGUACACGAUUAUUCGAUGUUACCACCAUCUCUAUGGCCAAUUACUCCAGAAAGCUUACCGGAUAACUUAACGUUCAAUAAGUGGGGUUAAAAUAAAAAAUAAUAUGUGUACAUAUAUAAUAAAAGCUUUGCUAUCGAUUAAAAUAGUUGCAUGAAGACUGUACAUACAUAAAAAUGUAGAUAUUUUAAUAAAAUAAAUUCCAGAAAUUCAA